GGCGGUAACGCUGGAGGAGAGCGGGAGGCAGGGGAGGCUUGGACAAUCGACAAUCGCUUCUGCCAAAAAUAUCCCCUGAUUUACCUCCAAUAUUUGCGUGAUUGUGUUUUUUUAAAACACUAUACUGCGUGCGAUAUUAUGACUGUAGUUGACCCAAACGCCAUCUAGCAGAAUAAAGCAGGAGGAAGACCCGUGCGUAACACGGCCGCACCACACCAGCAUCUUCCACCAGACUGUCAUAAGUGCACUGUGCAGCCUACGCGACAGAAUCUUCUUUACCGCCCAGUAGGAUGAGUGGAGAGGAGCAGAACCCAGCUGCCGUGCCGCUCCCUGUUCAGGACGUGCAAGGAGAUGGCCGCUGGAUGUCCCAGCACAAUCGCUUUGUACAGGAGUGCAAGGAUGCCGAACCAGACGUACUGUUUAUUGGAGACUCUAUGAUUCAGCUCAUGCAACAUAAUGAGGUGUGGCGGGAACUCUUCUCCCCGUUGCACGCUCUCAAUUUUGGUAUUGGAGGAGACACCACCUGCAAUGUGUUAUGGAGACUGCAGAAUGGAGAACUAGACAACAUCAGACCUCGGGUGGUCGUGGUCUGGGUAGGAACGAAUAAUCACGACCACGAUGCGGAACAAGUCGCAGGAGGGAUACUGACCAUCACCCAGUAUUUGCGUUCAUGCCUGCCCAGGUCUAAAGUCAUUGUCUUGGGCCUGCUGCCACGGGGUGAGCGUCCCAACCCCCUGCGGGAGAAGAACUCGUCAGUGAACAGUCUGCUUCGCUCGGCGCUGGACCGCGUGGGGCCCGUCCAGUUCCUGGACAUGAGUGCGGCCUUCCUGCACUCGGACGGCACCAUCGCGCCCAGGGACAUGUUCGACUACCUGCACCUGACCGCCAGCGGCUACAGCAAGUUCUCCACGCCCCUGCACGAGCUGCUGCUGCAGCUAUUGGAAGAGACCCCCCAGGAGAGGCGGGCCUCUUUGGUCUAAAUGGGGGAGGGAUUGGUUAGGGCUGGGCUUGGGAUUGAACAGGCUUGGCUGA